AUGUUCAGGCGGGACAGGAAAAGCAGCAAACAUGGGAAAGAUUAUCUUCUAUGAUGAUAAAGAUUUCUCUGGGCACCAUUUUGAGUGCUCCAAAGACUGUUCAGACCUGCUAAGCAACCUGAGUCAGUGCAACUCCAUCAGGGUGGAGAGUGGAUGCUUUAUGAUUUAUGAAAAACCCAAUUACACUGGGAACCAGUACUACCUGAAGAAAGGAGAAUAUCCCGACUUUCACCACUGGAUGGGGGUCAACAACUCGGUUGGUUCCUGUCACCACAUCGACACGGAGCCUGGGUCAUUCAAUAUGCGCCUGUAUGAGCGAAUUGAGUUUGGCGGCCAAAUGAUGGACCUGAUGGAUGACUGUCCCAACGUAAUGGACCGCUUCAACAUUCCCAAUGUCUUCUCUUGCAAUGUUGCAAAUGGGAACUGGCUUUUCUACGAGCGUCCACACUAUCGUGGCAAGAUGUACUUGAUCCGACCCAGAGAAUAUAAAAGGUUCAGUGAUUGGGGUGGAAGAACCGCCAGGGUUGGCUCCAUCAGACGUAUUGUGGACUAUUGACCUAUU